GCAACGAAAAAACAUCCCCAUAGCUUUGUUAUUAUUCCUUUCUUUGCUUCCGUCAUCAAUUUUCGAUUAUUGUCUCGUGGCUCUUUCCAAAAUCUCAACAAACACUAACUGAUAAACGCGAUAUCAGCCGGCCUGAAUGUAGUUCUUUAUCAAUUAUACACAAAUACAUAUCGCCAUAUGUAGCCCCACAUGUUUUAAUACGAUUAUAAAUCAGUUAUAAAGUGUUUGCGUGGCCUAAAAGUUUACUCCUAUUAUAAAUUGAUAUUUACAGAUCUAGAUACUCCCACGCACAAUCAUGUUGAAAAAUUAUGCGCUCUUAUUGUGCGUAGGACUCGCUUGCGUUGCUGCCUAUGAUGAAGUCGGUUCUUGUCAUUCAUUUGCUGGCGGUUCUGUCUAUCCUGCUGAAGGACCUCGUGGUGAUCACAAACUACAGACCACUAAGGCAGUCAUAUCUAAACAAGCACCGGCAUUCGAAGGCACGGCAGUGGUUAAGGGCGACUUUGUUAAACUAUCACUUUCCCAAUAUCGUGGAAAAUAUCUUGUUCUUCUUUUUUAUCCACUUGAUUUCACCUUUGUCUGCCCUACUGAAAUUAUAGCCUUUUCGGAUCGUAUAGAAGAGUUUCGAAAGAUUAAUGCUGAAGUUGUUGCUGUAAGCGUAGAUUCACACUUCACACAUUUGGCUUGGAUCAACACGCCACGCAAAGAGGGCGGUCUUGGAUACGUAAAGAUACCAUUACUCUCUGACCUUACGCAUAAAAUUAGCAGAGAUUACGGCGUUUACUUAGAAGAUUUAGGUCAUACUCUACGUGGUCUAUUUAUCAUUGACCACCGUGGCAUAUUGCGUCAAAUCACAAUGAACGAUUUACCUGUGGGUCGUUCCGUAGAUGAAACAAUUCGUUUGGUACAAGCCUUCCAAUACACUGAUACUCAUGGAGAAGUUUGCCCUGCUGGCUGGAAACCUGGCGCCGAGACAAUUGUACCCGAUCCAAAAGAGAAGUCAAAAUAUUUCGAGAAAAUCAAUAAAAUUCCAUAGUAUCAUUGAUAUUUUCCUUGAAGAUAUUCUUAAGCAUUUUAAUAUCUUAUUAAAUUUAAAAACAGAAAACGA